AAGAAACUUCCCAAUGCUCUUUCCCUCAUCCCAUCGACUCCCAACUCUCAAACCUAUCCACAUACCAAAGGGGUGACGAACCCUAGAUCCCACCAAAACCAAAAACCCUAACGGAGGAGCUACCAAGACAUGAAACUCAUCAAACCCAUCCUCCAAAUCCUCCAGAUUACCUCCACAGCAUGCCCCUUCAUCUCCGCUUUCGUUCCCUCUCUCGCUUCUCUCUCCUUGUUCAUUCCUUUCGCAUUCGUCGGCAUCGUCGUCCUCUCGUGCUACUGCUACUGUCGCCCGACCCCGGUUUUCCUUAUCGACUACUCGUGCUUCAAGCCGAGCUCCGACCGCAAGUGCACGUACGGAGUCUCGGAGAGCUUCGUGCGCAGGAGCCGGCGCUUCAGCCCCGAGAGCGUGGAGUUCAUGCGGAAGAUAUACCUCAAGUCAGGCCUCGGGGACGAGACGUACGGCCCGCCCUUCAUGCUCCGAACCGACUACGAGGAGGCGAGGCUGGAGUCCGCCAAGCAAGAAGCCCGGGAAGGUAUCUUCUCGGCAGUCGACUCGCUCCUCGCAAAGACCGCCGUCCACCCGCAGGCCAUCGAUGUGCUGAUAGUGACGUGUGGGAGCUUCUCGCUGUCGCCGUCUCUCUCGUCGCUCAUCGUGAAUCGUUACAAGCUCAGGCCCGACGUCAAGGCAUAUGACUUGAGCGGCAUGGGAUGUAGCUCCGGCGUGCUCUCUAUAGACCUGGCGGCGAAAGUCCUGCGUCACAGCGGAAAUGUCCAUUAUGCCCUCGUGGUGAUAACUGAGAGCAUCAGCCUGAACUGGUAUUCUGGGGAUAACCGGUCAAUGCUCGUGAGCAACUGCAUUUUCCGUGUUGGCUGCGCCGCCGCAUUGUUGACCAGCGAGCCAGCCCGCCGCCCUGCCGCAAAGUUCGAGCUCGUUCGCUCACUCAGGACUCACCAUGGGGCCGACGACCGCUCUUACAGGGCCGCGUUCCAGGAAGAGGACGACGAGGGCAACACUGGGAUUGCGCUCACCAAGGAUUUGGUUCGUGCCGCCGCAACUAACCUCCACGAACACAUCAAGAUACUCGCUCCUCGUGUCCUGCCGCGGAGCCAGCUCGUCUCCUACGCAUGCUCAGUGCUCGUCUCGGCAUUAUCUCACGGGCAUGUGAAACCGGUGGUGCCGGACUUCACGACGUCCUUUGAGCACAUUUGCAUACACACGGGCGGGAAAGCAGUGAUCGAGCAGGUGGCACGGGUUCUGCAACUGAGCAACGGGGCCACCGAGCCAGCUCGGAUGAGCCUGCACCGGUUCGGCAACACAUCGAGCAGCCUAGUGUUCUACGAGCUGGCGUACUUUGAGGCGAAGAGGAGGAUCGAGAGAGGGGACAGAGUGUGGAUGCUGGCGUUCGGGACUGGAUUUAAGGUGGGAAGCUUGGUGUGGAGGUCGCUGAGGAGUUCAGGCGAGGAAGAGGAGGAGGAUAAUCCGUGGAACGAUUGCAUUUGUAGGUACCCAAUAAGUGCUGGUUGAAAGUUUGUCGAUCUUCAUUCUAAGUCAUAAAUUGAGUGAUUUUUUUGUUUCCUUUCGGAGAAUUCUUUUAUAAUAAGAUCACUUAAACUUAUUUGCAUCUGUUCAUCAAAUGUAU